AACCACCUCUUGAAGGAUAUUUGACAUUCGUCACAGAAGAGAAGGUGGAAUUUUUGGAAGACGAGGAGAGAGAAAAAGAGGAACUUCAAAGAAAAUCACUCUCUUUCUUUGAUUCCUUCUCUUCUUCCUCUCCUUCUCCUUCUGAAACCCAUCAAUUCCAUUGAUUCUCUUCUUCCAUUUUCAAUCUUAUCCUUUUUAUUCAAAAUUCCCAUCUUUUUCCCUUUAUUUCCUUGUCAAAUUCCCUCUUUUUCUUCAAACAAUUGCAUUAGAUCUCAAUCUAACAAACACCCAAAUAAAGUCAAGUCAAUUGAGAGAGACUGAAGUUGUUCAUUCAUUCUUUCACUAAAAAAAACCCAUUAAUGGCAUCUUCUUCCUCUUCAUCUCAGCUUCGCCUCAUGUCCGAUCUCAAAUCCAUCAUCAAUGAACCUCCUGAAGGUUGUAGUGCAAGUCCUAUGUCAGAUGAUAAUCUGUUUGUUUGGAGUGCCACCAUUUUUGGGCCUGAUGAAACUCCAUGGGAAGGUGGAGUUUUUAGUUUAAGGUUGACAUUUACUGAUAAUUACCCAGAAAAGCCUCCUCGAGUUCGUUUUACUUCUGAUAUAUUUCAUCCUAAUGUUUAUCAUGACGGUACUUUGUGCAUGGAUAUCAUCCAAGAAGCUUGGUCACCCUGCCAUAAUGUAGCUACAAUCUUAACAUCUAUCCAGUCCCUUCUAACUGACCCCAAUCCUUCAAGUCCUGCAAAUCCUGAGGCUGCUCAACUCUUCCAGCACGACAGCCAGGCUUAUAACAAGAGGGUUCGUAGAUGUGCUCGUAAAUCCACUGAGUUUUCCUGAGGCAAAGGAUAUUUGUUAAACUACAUUGUCUUUGACGGAAUCUUGACUAAAAGCUCUGUGACUGUCGUAUCAUGUGUAUCUCAACGACAUGCCUUGACAUGUUUGUUCCUGUCCAAGUUUCUGGAAUAGUUGCACAAUCCUGUCAAUAACACACCAUAAUCUAUUUUUCUUGCUUGUAUCAUCUGUUCAAUUCAUUUCAAAGAUGCUAGUUGUAAAACAAGCAUACUACUGUACUGUAUGUUGGUUAUACUGAAAUAGUGAAAAUUCAACAGAAAUUCAGAACUCAUAUUUGCAGUCCCUUUAAA